GAAACCACAACCCUCCAAAUCGUCACGGGCUCCUACGAGCGCGUCCUCCACGGUUUCACGGCCACGAUCCCACAAACCGCCCUCCAGGGCACGGGACCCGCACAUGAUACCCCCAAGGAGUCCCCCCUCUCCUUCACAGACACCUUCCUGUUCGCCGCCCACACCUCUUCAAUCCGGUGCCUCGCCCUCUCCCCCCCACCCCCCUCGGACCCCAACGGCCGCCUCCUCCUCGCCACCGGCGGCACCGACGAGCGCAUCAACAUCUACUCUCUCUCCCUAUGCCCGCCUCCCCCCUCCAAAUCCACCUCCACCUCCUCAACCGCCAAGCUCCCUCUCCUCCCCCCCACCCUCCUCCUCAACCCCUCCGUCAGCGAAAACGCAAAAAACAAGGAACUCGGCUCCCUCCUACACCACACAGGCCCCAUCACCACCCUCUCCUUCCCGACCCGCACCAAACUCCUCUCCUCCUCGUCCGACUCCACCAUCGCCAUCACCCGCACCCGGGACUGGGAACCCCUCUCCGUCAUCCGCGCGCCCGUCCCGAAACCCCAGGGUCGCCCGAGCGGCGACACGGCGGCCCCCGGGGAGGUGCCUAGCGGUAUUAAUGAUUUCGCCGUCCACCCGAGUAAUAAGCUCAUGCUUAGCGUGUCCAAGGGGGAGAAGUGUAUGCGGUUGUGGAAUCUGGUUACUGGAAAAAAGGCGGGGGUGUUGCAGUUUGGGCGCGAGGUGUUGGGGGCGGCGGGGGAGGGGAGGUUUGCGAGUGGGGAGGGGAGGAAGGUCGUUUGGGAUCCUGCGGGGGAGGAAUUCGCUGCCGGGUUCGAGAGGGGUGUCGUGGUGUUUGGCAUCGAUUGUCGGGUUAGGGGUGCGGUGGUGCCCGUGCCGAGGACAAAGGUGUGUCAGAUGAGGUAUCUUCCUGGCACUGCUGCUGCUGGUAGUAUCCUCGUCGUGUCGACCGAGGAUGGGAGAGUCAUGUUUUACAACACUGGCGUCCACGACGACCUACCGACCACGCAAAACACCCCAGGGAAAGAAGACACCGCAGCAAAACCAUGCAAACUCAUCGCCCAACUCGGUGGGCCCGCCGCAGGCAUCUCGGGCCGCAUCAAGGACUUUGAAAUCCUGCCCAUCCCCCAAUCUACAGGAUCUACAGACGCUCACGCCAACAAUGUCGAGCCGGCAUAUCUCGUCGUGACGGGGAGUAGUGAUGGGUCGGUACGGUUUUGGUACGUUUCUGCUGAGGAGGUUAAGGGAUCUGAGCAACAGCAACAGGCAGGAAAGGACUUUACGGCAAACCAAGUCGGGAGGUUAAUCGGCACGUACAGCACGGGGACGCGGAUUACGUGCCUGAAAGCGUUUGUUAUGACGGGGAAAGCGGAGGAAGCUGUAGAUGAAGAC